CGUUAAAAGAUUGGCCACAAGUUUCAAUUAAUGCAACCCUUUUGCAAUUACCUGAUAAGACCAAGCUACACUCCAUGAUCACUGAUUUUAUUUUUCCCGCUUGUAAAGAUUUAGUAGUGUCUUCUACUUCAACUACAUUUCUCUUCUCCCCUGUUUACCACACUGGGUUUGAUCUGUUAAGAGAUGGGAAUAUUGAGUAGUAUAUUGGGAUUUUGUGGUUUUGGAGUAGGAACGUCAAUUGGGAUUGUAAUUGGGUACUACAUGUUUAUCUAUUUUGAGCCAACUGAUGUCAAGGAUCCUGUAGUCCGUCCUUUGAUUGAACAAGACUCGAAAACUUUACAACGUCUGCUUCUAGAAAUACCCCAGUGGGUGAAAAAUCCAGACUAUGAUCGGGUUGACUGGCUUAACAAAUUGAUUGAGAACAUGUGGCCUUACCUAGAUACGGCAAUCUGCAAGACUGCAAAGAAUAUAGCGAAGCCCAUUAUUGCUGAGCAAAUUCCAAAAUACAAAAUUGACUCUGUUGAAUUCGAAACACUUACCUUGGGCUCCCUGCCACCAACUUUUCCAGGAAUGAAAGUUUAUGUCACUGGUGAGAAAGAGCUGAUCAUGGAACCGGUAUUGAAGUGGGCUGGGAAUCCAAAUAUUAUCAUUGCAGUUAAAGCAUUUGGUCUGAAAGCCACAGUUCAGGUGGUUGAUUUGCAAGUAUUUGCCACUCCACGUAUCACCCUAAAGCCUUUGGUUCCUUCAUUUCCUUGUUUUGCCAAUAUAUGCGUGUCUCUGCUACAGAAGCCACAUGUUGACUUUGGAUUGAAAUUGCUUGGAGCUGAUGCUAUGUCCAUUCCUGGCCUGUACAAAUUUGUCCAGGAGCUUAUCAAAGAUCAGGUUGCAAGUAUGUAUUUAUGGCCAAAAACCUUAGUAGUGCCAAUUGUGGAUGCUUCAAAAGCCAUGAAGCGACCUGUUGGGAUACUCACUGUGAAGGUUCUGAAGGCAACGAAGCUUAAAAAGAAAGAUCUGUUAGGGGCAUCAGACCCAUAUGUGAAAUUAAAGCUUACUGAAGAUGCGCUUCCUUCAAAGAAAACAACUGUCAAAAACAAAAACUUGAACCCCGAAUGGAAUGAGGAGUUUAAUAUCACCGUUAAGGACCCAGAAUCUCAAGCCUUGGAGAUUACUGUCUACGAUUGGGAACAGGUUGGCAAACACGACAAGAUGGGUAUGAAUGUCAUUCCAUUGAAAGAUCUGACACCGGAUGAGCAAAAGGUUAUGACUCUUGAUCUGCUGAAAAAUAUGGAUCCAAAUGAUGUUCAAAAUAAGAAAUCACGUGGACAGAUUGUUGUUGAAGUGGUAUACAAACCUUUUAAGGAUCUCGAGGCACAAAAGGAUAUAGUUGAUCCAAAUGCAGUGGGAAAAGCUCCUGAAGGAACACCUGCUGGUGGUGGUCUGUUAGUAGUUAUUGUACAUGAAGCUCAAGAUGUUGAAGGGAAGCACCACACAAAUCCUUAUGUUCGAUUACUUUUCAAAGGGGAGGACAAAAGAACUAAGCAAGUGAAGAAAAAUAGAGAUCCAAGAUGGGGGGAGGAUUUUCAGUUCACGCUGGACGAACCACCUACAAAUGAAAGACUUCAUGUGGAAGUUCUUAGUUCCUCAAAGAUGUCUCUACUUCACCCUAAGGAAAACCUGGGUUAUGUGAUUAUAAACCUAGCAGAUGUCGUGACAAACAGGAGAAUCAACGAGAAGUACAAUCUCAUUGACUCCAGGAAUGGUCAAAUCCAAAUUGAGCUGCAAUGGAAAACAUCUUAAGGGCACACAUAUUUUGUUUUUUAGGAGGUAUUUGGUCAAAACAUAAGACAUUUCCUUCUGCUUUUUGUUUGUAGUGAUUUCAGUAGUGUGCACUCUAAUAAUUGACUCCGUAGAUUACCGGAGCAUGAACUCUGUAAAUCUAAGCUUGCCGAAACAUUUCCAGAUACUGUAUAGUAAAAAUCUGUAGCAAUUUCUAGCCAUGUUCUUGUGUUUGAUGAGAACUAUUUUUUUCUUUUCUUUGAUGAA